AUGGUCGAUAACGACAAUGUAUCGCCAACAUUGGGUCCAGUUGUUAGCCCGGAAAGAGCGGAAACAUCCAGAACCAGCAAUGACAACAUACAUGCCGACCUACGAAAAAAAGCUGUUCGCGAGCUUCUUGAAACGGAACGAACUUAUGUGAGUCAACUGGAUGUGCUUCAGAGAUCGAGUGCGAUAGCGAAAAAUCGAUAA